AUGAAUCGCGAGCCAAUCUCAAGAGUUCCAAUCACAUCGAACACGCAGCCUGAUUUUGCAUCUUGCGUAAACUCCUGUCUGAAUGUGGCAAGUUGUGUUGGAACAUCUUACGUCGUCACAACAAGCCUUUGCACUUACUUCUCAACAUUCACCAGCGUGGGCGCCGAUACUGGAACAAAUGUGGCCUUCCCAGCCAAUAUCGCUUGCCCGAAUCUGAAUGGCUUCAGUUAUCUGGAUUACUCAGGCUCAGAAUACGGUAUCUUGUGCAAUCAAUCGUACCCAGCAAGCAGUAACAUUACUACUCAAUCCGGAUACACCAGUCUGGCAACCUGCAGUAAUGCUUGCUCCUAUAGCGCAAACUGUCUGGCUUCUUCCUUUGUAAAUGGCCAGUGCACUUUUGUCAGCAAUCUCAACUCCAACACUACUCCUGGUCAAAAUCUUCCUGGCGCCGUGGUCUUGGUCCUUCUGCAAAGUCGCGUGGUAGAUGUAAUCUCUUCCACUGGAUCCACUUCGCGAAGCACAUCUUUCUCAGUGGUUCAGGGGCUUCCGACUGCAGCUGCGGCGGUGCAGAAGGGUUCAAAUCCAUACAAUGCUGUUGCAAGUGCUUGGGUAGGCGGUAUCGAGGUUCUCAACUGUGUACACGCCUACGACGACAACCACUACUACUCCAUCGCCUGUACAAACAUUGAGCUCGUCGAUCUCCAGACCCACUUCGACAGCUGUGCCACCGAGCUCGUCAUCAAUUUCGUCAAGCUCAUCAUCCUCGAGUUCGUCGACAUCGAGAUCAUCGUCAGCAGCUUCACUAGUAAGCAGUCCCUCGGCGUCUACCAGCGUCACAUCCAGAGCACCUACUACGAGCUUCGUUUCGACCAGUAG